CUGAGCGUCGUCAGGUUUGUGGUAUUUUCUCAGUGAUGUCCGGACGCGGGAAGCAGGGCGGCAAGGCUCGCGCCAAGGCCAAGACGCGCUCGUCGCGGGCCGGGCUGCAGUUCCCGGUGGGCCGCGUGCACCGGCUGCUCCGCAAGGGCAACUACGCCGAGCGGGUGGGGGCCGGCGCGCCGGUGUACCUGGCGGCCGUGCUGGAGUACCUGACGGCCGAGAUCCUGGAGCUGGCGGGCAACGCGGCCCGCGACAACAAGAAGACGCGCAUCAUCCCGCGCCACCUGCAGCUGGCCAUCCGCAACGACGAGGAGCUCAACAAGCUGCUGGGCCGCGUCACCAUCGCGCAGGGCGGCGUCCUGCCCAACAUCCAGGCCGUGCUGCUACCCAAGAAGACCGAGAGCCACCACAAGGCCAAGGGCAAGUAGAAAUAUCGCCUAGUCUGGAGCUCAAGUCUCCUGUCCAAACCAAAAGGCUCUUUUUAGAGCCAUCCACUU